AUGAAUUGUAAUCUCUGUUUCAAAUUGGACGAAGAGUUUCUGGAUAAAUAUAAGACGAUUCAGCCUCCUUUUGGAUAUGCGCCUCUGGGAGAACUGGUGUAUCGUCGUACCUACUCUAGAAAACUGGAGGAUGGAACCAACGAAGACUGGUGGCAGACUGUCCGUCGUGUAGUGGAAGGAACCUAUUCAUUGCAGAAGGAGCACAUCCAAUCAUUCCGUUUGGGUUGGGAUGAUGAGCAUGGUCAACGAUCGGCUCAAGAGAUGUACGAUUUGAUGUUCAACAUGAAAUUCCUGCCUCCUGGUCGUGGUUUGUGGGCUAUGGGUACUGCGAUCGUCCACAAGAAGAAUCUGUCUGCCGCUUUGAACAACUGUGCCUUCGUGUCUACGGAGGAUAUUGUGAACAACCCAACGCGUCCCUUCGAGUUUUUGAUGGAUGCGUCGAUGCUGGGAGUGGGUGUGGGUUUCGAUACGAAGGGACGCGACACGCUGCCGGUGCUGGGUCCGAAGGAGGGAGAGAAGUUCACCUAUGUGAUCGAUGAUUCGCGCGAAGGAUGGGUGAGCUCCGUGUCGUUGCUGCUGAAGGCGUACUUUGGCGUGAACGGAGUUCAGCAGCCGGACGUGGAGUUUGACUACUCGGUGAUUCGUCCCGAGGGCGAGCCGUUGAAGACGUUCGGCGGAGUGAGCAGCGGUCCGCGUCCUCUGCGCGAGCUGCACUGCAGCAUCCGCGAGGUGCUGAACAAGCGGAUUGGUUCGCGCUUGGACACGACGGGGAUCGUGGAUCUGUUCAAUCUGAUCGGGAAGUGCGUGGUCUCCGGGAAUGUGCGUCGCUCGGCGGAGAUCGCGUUCGGCGAGGCGGACGACGAGACGUUUUUGGACCUGAAGGACUACGCGAAGCAUCCGGAGCGCAUGGCGUACGGCUGGUCGUCGAACAACUCGGUGUUCGCGCGUGUGGGAAUGGACUACUCGGAGGUGGCGAGCCGUCUGCGCGUGAACGGCGAGCCGGGUCUGGCGUGGCUGGAGAACAUGCAGCGGUUCGGGCGCAUGGCGGACGGUCCGAACAACAAGGACUGGCGCGUGAAGGGCGGGAACCCGUGUCUGGAGCAGUCGCUGGAGUCGUACGAGCUGUGCUGCCUGGUGGAGACGUUCCCCGCGCGGCACGCGACGAAGGAGGAGUACCUGCGGACGCUGAAGUUCGCGUACCUGUACGCGAAGACGGUGACGCUGCGCAUGACGCACUGGCCGGAGACGAACCGCGUGAUGCUGCGGAACCGGCGGAUCGGGUGCUCGGUGAGCGGCGUGGCGGACUUCCUGGGGAAGCACAGCCUGGAGGAGCUGCGGCAGUGGCUGGACGAGGGCUACGCGACGGUGCAGCACUGGGACGAGGUGUACAGCAACUGGUUCUGCAUCCCGCGGUCGAUCAAGACGACCUCGGUGAAGCCGUCGGGGACGGUGUCGCUGCUGGCGGGCUCCACGCCGGGCAUGCACUUCCCGGAGAGCCGGAUCUACAUCCGGCGCAUGCGCAUGGGGAAGAACGACCCGCUGGUGGCGCCGCUGCGGCGCGCGGGGUACAGCGUGGUGCCGGCGAUCGGGCAGGAAGACACGACGGUGGUGGUGGAGGUGCCGGUGAAGCUGCCCGCGAACGUGCGCGUGCAGAGCGAGGUGUCGAUGUUCGAGCAGCUGUCGCUGGCGGCGUUCCUGCAGCGGUACUGGGCGGACAACCAGGUGUCGUGCACGGUGACGUUCGACCCGGAGAGCGAGGGACCGCACAUCGCGCAGAUGCUGCAGUACUUCCAGUACCAGCUGAAGGGAGUGUCCAUGUUCCCCAAGCAGGACUACUCCAAGUAUCCCCAGCUGCCCUACGAGGCCAUCUCCGAGGAGGUCUACAACGAAAUGACGCGCGAUUUGAAGCCCAUCGAGUUCGUGGAUCGCAGCAAGCCCGCCGUCGUCAAGGCGAAGCCCACGCAGUUCGCGCCCAUCGAUCUGAAGGGGAAGACGAGGUCGGUGUUCUACGUGGAUUGCAGCAAGGCGAAGGCGAAGAAAGAGGAGAACGCGAACGCAGAGGCGAACGCGGACGCGGAGCUCCAAGCGACCUCCAAGGCCGAGCCGAACAAUGAAUCGCCGCGCAAGGUGCUGGUGCGAAGUCCGCUGGAGGUGGUGAGGGGAAAGCGAUUGUUCUCGACGGAGAGAGAAGGAGGAGAGGGAGUCGGACAGGUGUUCCCUGAUGCGAUCUCGUUCUGCACGAAUGACCACUGCCAGCUGUAAGAAGGGAAAAGGAUGAAGGGUUUGCUGUUGCUUUGUACUAUU